AUGAAAAACAACCUAAAGGAGCUGACUCAGUACUGGAGGCUGUACUUGUUGACACUGGUUCUGGGAGUUGGCGGAACACUCCAGUAUGGAAUUCAAGUUUCCAUCAUGACUUCUCCCGCUGAGCACAUCCAGAGCUUUGUGAACCAGACCUGGCUGGGCAGGUAUGAAGUUCCUGUGGGAGAGUCCACCAACACCCUCUUAUGGUCCUUCAUCGUGUCCACCUCAAGCCUUGGGGGCUUGGUUGGAGCCAUCCACUGUGGUAGCCUCUCAGUCAAAUACGGACGGAAGACAUCACUGCAGAUAAAUAAUGUGGUGGCCAUCCUUGCAGCAGUGAUGAUGGUCCUAAGCCGAAUGGCUAAAUCCUUCGAGAUGAUCCUCCUUGGCAGAUUUUUAUUUGGGUACAAUUCUGGUCUGGGGAUAAAUCUGCACCUGAUGUACUUGGGGGAAAGCUGUCCAAAGAGGAUGCGUGGCUUUCUCACCUUAACCAGUUCCAUCUUUCUCAGCCUUGGGAAACUUCUGGGUCAGGUGAUCGGUAUCAAAGAGUUGAUGGGCACCGAGGACAUGUGGCCCUAUCUGCUAGCUGUGAGCGGCCUGCCUGCUAUCCUGCAGUUCCUGUCCUUGCUGUGGUUCCCAGAGGCGCCACGCUACCUCUACAUUGACAAGGGAGAUGAGGAUGGUUGUAAGAAAGCGCUUCAGUGGCUGUGGCAGGAAGACGAAGUGAAUCUGAAGCUGGAGUUGGAGGACAUGAGGCAGGAGAGGCAGAGUGCCGAGGGGGAGAAGGCCAAGACUAUGCUGGAUGUGCUGCGAUCUCGCUGCGUGCGCUGGCAGCUGCUGGCGCUGCUGAUUCCCUGCUCUGGGUUGCAGUUCUGCGGCAUCAAUGCAAUUUAUUUUUACGCUUUUGACAUUUUCCGGGAAUCUGGUGUCCCGGACGACAAGAUGCACUAUCUCUCUCUUGGCAUUGGGGCAACGGAAGUGAUCACAGUAACAACAUGUGCUUUUAUGAUUGACCGUGCUGGCAGGAAAAGGCUGCUGGGCUUUGGCUACCUCCUCAUGGGAGUGAUGAUGUCUGUGUUGAUUGUCAUGCUGACCAUCAAGGACCUGUACUCCUGGAUGCCCUAUCUCAACAUUGCCCUUCUCUUCUCUGUCAUCUGUGUCUAUGGAUUAGGGCCAUCGGGAGCUUCCAUGUGCCUUUCCGCUGACCUCUUCCUUCAGGCUUGGCGUCCUUCAGCAUUUGCAGUUGGAGGCAUUGUUAACUGGGCCGGCCUUUUCCUCAUUGGGAUGCUUUUCCCCUAUAUUGUGGCCGGAAUGGGACAGUUCUGUUUCCUGAUAUUUGUUGGCUACUGCAUCUUCACUUCAGCAUUCAUGUUGUAUUUCAUCCCAGAAACGAAAGGAAAAACUUCAAUGGAGAUCACUGAGGAUUUUAAUAAAUUAAACUUUAAAAACAGCGGCACAGAACCUGAGAAGGGAACUGGUAUGUUUGCAACUAAGCUGUAGCAAUGUACAUGUUAUUCAUAAUACCUAGUCCUGUACAAUAUCUGUGCCAAGUUUAUGUUCAGUAAUGUAAAAAAGGAGGUUUUGUACUUGCAGGACAUGUUUACAAACCCAUGCAUUCUCUAUUUAUUCUGUACAUGCCAUAUAUACCAGAAAUUUAAAUAAUUGUAAAUAUGUUCCAUAUAUCUUCUAUAUUUCACCUCCCACAAAAGCAAUUCUGAAGAUCAUUAGGAGAUUGUAAUAAAUGAAACUUGAACCAAGUCAAUUCACCAGUAAAUAAUUUUAAAACAAGCUGCAGAAAUUGAGACAAGUGAUUUCAUACUGAGUUUUUAAACAGAGCCAUUGCAUUAAAAUGAUUCAUUGCACUUUUAUUUCUUUGGUUCAAGCCUUGUAAAUCAUGUAAAUAAUGUCCUACAUAUGUGCUUUAUAAAUGACAAUUCACAACUUUGCAGUACUGUAUAAGUAAUAAAAGUUUAAGCCCAUUUCAUAUUAAUUACGAAGCUAAAUUAUGAAUCCUUAAAAAGGGAGCUCAAAUGUUGUCAUUCAAACUUUGCAUUGUUGCCAUUUGUAUUUGUAAUAAACAAUUUUUAGUUCUAAUUUACAAAACCAGUUUGAGAUAUCCUUCCUCGCUCUGCAACACAAAACAAAUAAUGUUCAUAUAGUGAUGACCGAUGUCCCGUUUGUGUGCAACACUUUUACAGUCAAAGAAGGCAUAGCCUCAGGGCGUGUGUUAUAAUAAAGGUCGACAUCGUUUAAGAGUUUGAAAUACAAUUUUAUUUUAUCCCAAUCUCUGCAAAUCGACAGAGACACCAGACUCCAAAAACAGUGUACAAAAACCAAACAUCUAUAGAAAAGUAUGUUUAUAUUGAAAUGUUUCAAAAAAAAUU